GACGAACUGAGCCGAAGUUGUGUCGAACGUUAGCGAAACCAUGAUGAGACCUGCGGGAAGAGCUCAUCGACAAUAACAGUAUAUUAACAAUAUAACACGAAAAGGAGGAUGAUGUCUUAAUGUUUUAAAGGAACUGUUGUCAGUAGGUGUCCACUGUGUUUAGUGUAAAAUGUCUGUUGUCCUGUUUGCGUCUGUGGUGAGAGUGAGGGAUGGUCUGCCUCUUUCUGCCUCCACGGACCAUGAACAGGAUAAAGGACUUCAGGAGACUAAGAAAAAUCUUAAGGCUCUCUCCAAAAAGCUCAGCCAGUUUCCUGACCGCUGCUCGCUCAGAUCUGGCGUGUACAAUAUCAAUUUCACAAGCUCUCUUGGAGUGGGGUACCUGAUGGUUUGCACAGAAAACUAUCCUAAUGUCUUGGCCUUCAGCUUCUUGGAUGAACUUCAGCGGGAGUUCAUUGUUACAUAUGACAAAAAGAGGAUCAACAGCGCUUUGAGACCGUUCUCUUUCAUCGAGUUUGAUAAUUUCAUACGAAAAACCAAGCAACGUUACAACAGCCCACGUUCCCUCUCCACAAAGAUUAACCUGGCCGACAUGCAAACUGAGAUCAAGCUACGGCCUCCCUAUCAGCUGUCCGCAGAGGACAUUGGAUCAAUCAACGGCUUCUCACAAGACAAGCAGUCUAAAUAUAAAGGCAUAGGUCCUAUUCAUAUGCUGGAGCCCGUAACGCUGGCGGGUAUCGUCACCUGCGUCUUAAGCGUCCUGUGCGGAGCUCUCAAUUUACUGAGGGGAGUCCACGCAAUCGAAAGCGUAUUACAGAACGAAGAUGAAGAUUUUAAUUACGUAAUUGCUUUCUUUCUGGGGACUGCGGCAUGUUUGUAUCAGUGUUACCUGUUUGCCUUCUACUCGGUGUGGAGGAACAUCAAGUCAUUCCUGUCCUUCGCUAUGAUCUGCCUGUGUAACAUGUAUCUGUAUGAACUUCGUAACAUGUGGCAGAUCCUCUUCCAUGUGACAGUGGGAGCGUUCAUUACACUGCAGAUCCACCUGAGACAACCGCAGGGGAAAGCUCCGGACUACAACGUUUGACACCUAUGAACUAAGACUACAGAACUCUCAUCUGAAACUGUCACUUCGCCAAUCUUAAAGAAAAAGAGCUCAUUCACAGAAUGAGUUUGCACAGGUUUUGCAUUUCAGUCUUGCGUUUCUGUUUUCUGAGUUUUCACAUCCAGUUCAGGUCAACGGUAAAGAAAUGACUAUAAACGGUUCUGAAGCUUGCAAAAAUAGUUUCAUGUUUGAAAUAUUUAAACAAAAUUAAUAUACAUUAUUUUGAUGGUAAAGAGUUUGUUUUAUUUGGCAUCAGAAAAAAAAUAAAAUUCUGUUAACAUUUAAGUCAUGCAGGUAUAUGAGUGAGUAAGUGAUAACAGAAUUCUUUUUCUCACUGGGCGAGCUGUUUUCCUAUUUAUUAUUGUAGACCAUUUGUACACAUUUUAUCAUUGUUUUUAUUAUGAAUGUUGAAGCCAGCUUAUAUGCAAGGUGUUUUUAAGACUGCCUACACGAAACAUAAUACUGCACAGUACAUACACCUGCACAAACCCAGGUACUGGCGGUUUUAUGUCAUAGACUUUUACAUGUACGCCUAAUUUCAGAGUCACAGUCUUUUCGAUGUCAUUAGUCAAAUGUCUUCGCCCUGAAAGCAUAUUCAGAUGUGUUAUUUAUCACGCAUGUCCUUGCUGCCUGCAGGUGUGUUUCCUGCAAAUGAAUGCUGUGGGUUUUGAGGGAAAUAGAAUCACACUUUUGCCCCAAAGCCGCAGCUAGAGUGUAUGCUGCCUUUAUUAAUGUGUCUGUUUUCUGCCCAUGUGGUACAGAAUUCUGCAAGUGUGUAAAUGGAGAUGUUUUUAUUCUGUUUCUGUUCACCUGGCUGGUUUUGUUUUCAUAAUGCCAAUGACAUGUUGUACAGUUGAUUGACAGUUUAAGGGCCAGCAUGCUUUUAAAGACCUUAGAAGCGGUCACUUUUUCUCCGAAUGGUUCAUCUUUGCAUUUUAAAGAGAACAUCCAACUUUGAUCAUAAGAUCCUUCACUCUUGAGCAGUUAGUUAAGGUUAGGUGUAACUGGGCCAGUGUGUUUGUAUUCAACACUGAAGCUCUGUUACAAAACCAUCAGUAAAAUUCUUAAAUUUGUAUAAAUA